AUGUCUAAUUUGGCUAGUAUUGCUGUUGCUCUGAGUCCGUUAUGGUAUGGUCUUUCAGAAAGCUAUAUAAUUAUGCUCAGCACCAAAUCUGGGGUGUGCUCUCGGAUUGCAGCUGCAUCGCAAGUGUUUUUAACACGAAGAUGUUCGCAUCCCAUCUGGUAUCCAGAUGCAAAAUUCGAGAGACAAUUCAAGAGCGCUGGAGGAUUGGGAAAAUUAUGGAUGAGCGAGAAGUAUGACGAAUAUGAUAAGGCGAUUGGUUUGGACAAAUUAGAGAAGUUAGCCUACGAGAUGCCGACGUAUUCUGACAUAUACGAAGGAAAGCAUCGUGAGAAACAGCUUGAGAAUAUGAUCCUGAACUUUGGACCACAACAUCCCGCAGCACAUGGUGUGCUUCGUCUGGUACUAAAAUUGGAAGGGGAGGUCGUUAUUAGAGCUACGCCGCAUAUUGGCUUCUUACAUCGAGGUACAGAAAAAUUGAUCGAAUAUAGAACAUACACUCAGGCUGUUCCAUUUUUCGAUCGACUUGACUAUGUUUCGAUGAUGUGCAACGAACAAGGUUAUGCACUUGCUGUCGAAAAGCUGCUGGGCAUCAAUAUCCCACCGCGAGCAAAGUAUAUUCGGACACUGUACGCUGAGAUGACCAGGAUACAAAACCAUAUGAUUGCUCUAUGUUCACAUGCUCUAGACAUUGAAAGAGAAAAACUUCUUGAGUUUUCCGAACGUGUCUGUGGGGCACGAAUGCAUGCAAAUUACGUUCGCCCUGGGGGAGUAGCAUGGGACCUUCCACUCGGUUUACUGGAUGACAUAUACGAUUGGCUCGAAAAGUUUCCGGAGAGAAUUGAUGAAUUUGAGGAUAUGCUGACUGAAAAUCGGAUUUGGAAGGCUAGAACUAUUGAUAUUGGUAUCGUUACUGCGGCGGAUGCAUUGAAUUGGGGCUUCAGCGGUGUGAUGUUACGAGGAUCAGGUGUCAAGCAAGAUGUCCGUAAAACACAACCAUAUGACGCCUAUGAUCAAGUAGAAUUUGAUGUUCCUGUUGGGACCAAAGGAGAUUGUUACGAUAGAUAUUGCUGCCGUCUUGAAGAAAUGCGCCAAUCCGUACGAAUAAUGCUACAAUGUCUCAAUAAGAUGCCCGCUGGAGAGGUGAAGAUUGACGACCAGAAACUUGUACCGCCAAAACGUGCCGAGAUGAAAGGCAGUAUGGAGUCGCUAAUCCAUCAUUUCAAAUUCUUUAGCGAAGGCUAUCAUGUUCCACCUGGAGCGACAUAUGUUCCGAUCGAAGCCCCUAAAGGAGAAUUUGGAGUGUAUCUUGUUUCUGACGGCACUAGCAAGCCCUACAGGUGCUUCAUUCGUGGACCUGCAUUCCCGCAUCUGGCUGCCAUGCAUGACAUUGUUUACAUGUCGUUGAUCGCCGAUGUUGUAGCAGUUAUAGGCACACUUGACAUUAUAUUUGGCGAAGUGGAUCGAUAG